GGCGGCGCGCGGCGCAGGAAGGGGGGCGCGGCAGGGGGCGGGGGCGCGGCGCGGGCGGCCCCUCCCCCUGCCCAGCUCCGGGCGGGCACCGAGAGCGGCCGGAGUUUACGCGCCCGGGAGGGAGAUGCGGCCGCCGCUCGGGCUCCUUGCAGAUUUCUAACCAGCAUGAUGCUGGAGCAAGAGGCUGGCAGCCAGCAGUUUUCAAAAUGGCCGAGUUGGACGCUGAUUUGGGUCACAUCAUCCCCUCUUCUGUGCUUGCCCCUUUCUGGGCUAAGUUAGUAGUGGGAUUUGUUUCCCUUGUAUGUUUCGCACGCAGCUACGAUGGAGAUUUUGUCUUUGAUGACUCUGAAGCUAUCAUUAACAAUAAGGACCUCCGAGCGGAAACGCCCCUUGGGGACCUGUGGCAUCAUGACUUCUGGGGCAGUAGGCUGAGCAGCAACACCAGCCACAAGUCCUACCGCCCUCUGACCGUCCUGACUUUCAGGAUUAACUACUAUUUGUCCGGAGGCUUCUACCCCAUGAGUUUCCACGUGGUCAACAUCCUCCUGCACGGCGGCAUCUCUGUCCUCAUGGUGGACGUCUUCUCCGUGCUGUUUGGCGGCCUGCAGUACAGCAGUAGAGGCCGGCGGUUGAACCUGGCCCCCAGAUCCUCCCUGUUGGCCGCUCUGCUGUUCGCCGCACAUCCGGUACACACUGAGUGUGUUGCUGGUGUUGUCGGCCGUGCAGACCUCCUGGGUGCCCUGUUCUUUCUGUUAUCUUUCCUUGGCUACUGUAAAGCAUUUAGAGAAACAGGUAACAAGGAGGGAACACAUUCUACGUUCUGGGUGUUGCUGAGUAUCCUCCUGGGAGCGGUGGCCAUGCUGUGUAAAGAGCAAGGGAUCACUGUGCUGGGUUUGAAUGCAGUCUUUGACAUCUUGGUGAUAGGCAAAUUAAAUGUUCUGGAAAUGGUCCAGAAGGUACUACAUAAAGACAAAUCAUUAGAGAACCUUGGCACGCUCAGGAAUGGGGGCCUCCUCUUCAGGAUGACCCUUCUGGCCUCGGGGGGAGCAGGGGUGCUCUACAUGCGCUGGAAAAUCAUGGGCACCGGCCCCCCAGCAUUCACCGAGGUGGACAAUCCUGCCUCCUUCGCCGACAGUAUGCUGGUCAGGGCCAUAAACUAUAAUUACUACUAUUCAUUGAAUGCCUGGCUGCUGCUGUGCCCCUGGUGGCUGUGUUUUGAUUGGUCAAUGGGCUGCAUCCCCCUCAUUAAGUCAGCCGGUGACUGGAGAGUAAUUGCACUGGCAGCACUGUGGUUCUGUCUAAUUGGCCUAAUAUGCCAAGCCCUGUGCUCUGAAGACAGCCACAAAAGAAGGAUCCUUACCCUGGGCCUAGGAUUUCUUAUUAUCCCAUUUCUCCCUGCAAGUAACUUGUUCUUCCGAGUGGGCUUUGUGGUUGCAGAAAGAGUCCUGUACCUCCCCAGUGCUGGGUACUGCAUGCUGCUGACUUUCGGAUUCGGAGCGCUCAGUAAACACACUAAGAAAAAGAAAUUGAUUGCUACUGUCGUACUGGGAAUUCUAUUCAUAAACAUGCUGAGGUGCAUGAUUCGCAGUGGCGAGUGGCGAAACGAAGAACAGCUUUUUAGAAGCGCCCUGUCUGUGUGUCCUCUCAACGCCAAGGUUCACUACAAUGUUGGCAAAAACCUGGCCGAUAAAGGCAAUCAGACAGCUGCCAUCAGAUAUUACCGGGAAGCUGUGAGAUUAAAUCCCAAGUACGUUCAUGCCAUGAACAAUCUUGGAAAUAUCUUAAAAGAAAGGAAUGAGCUACAGGAAGCGGAAGAGCUGCUGUCUUUGGCUGUACAAAUACAGCCAGACUUUGCUGCCGCGUGGAUGAAUUUGGGCAUAGUGCAGAACAGUCUGAAACGGUUCGAAGCCGCCGAGCAAAGCUACCGGACGGCGAUCAAACACAGACGGAAGUACCCAGAUUGCUACUACAACCUCGGACGUUUGUACGCAGAUCUGAAUCGUCAUGUCGAUGCGUUGAAUGCGUGGAGAAACGCCACUGUGCUGAAACCAGAGCACAGUUUGGCCUGGAACAACAUGAUCAUACUCCUUGACAAUACAGGUAAUUUAGCCCAAGCUGAAGCAGUUGGAAGAGAGGCGCUGGAAUUAAUACCUAAUGAUCACUCUCUGAUGUUCUCGUUGGCAAAUGUGCUGGGGAAGUCCCAGAAAUACAAGGAAUCUGAAGCUUUAUUCCUCAAAGCAAUUAAAGCUCAUCCAAAUGCUGCAAGUUACCAUGGCAAUUUGGCUGUGCUUUAUCAUCGUUGGGGACAUCUAGACUUGGCCAAAAAACACUAUGAAAUCUCUCUGCAGCUUGACCCCACUGCAUCAGGAACUAAGGAGAAUUAUAGUCUAUUAAGAAGAAAGCUAGAACAAAAGCAAAAGAAAGACGUCUGAUCCCUUUUCCUUCAUUUUUUGUUUGUGUGCAUGAGGCGUAUCAUUAAUAUGAUAUGGUUGUGUUUGACCAUUUAAAAGUCCUACAUGUUGUUUA